UAUAGUUGGAGAGAGUAAAAGUGAAAAUGUACAAGACGAAGCUUCAGGAGCUGUGUCACCGGAGACGGUGGGGUUUACCAAAAUACUCCGCCAUGAACGGCGGUCCACUACACAAACCAAGCUAUAAAGCCUCUGUUUUUGUCAAUGGUGUCACCUUUACUUCUUCUGAUACCUUCACUUCCUCUAAAGAAGCUCACAACCAAGCUGCUAUGAAAGCUUUCUUCAACUUUUCCUCUGCUCCAUCGGGCUCUUCAACACCAACACAUCAGAAAAAUGGUUCAAAAGAGGAAAUUAAAGAUGCCAAAUCUCAAGAGAGUCCAGUUCAAGCACAAUCUCCUCCAGUUAUUUUAAAUGAUACGGUUCGAUUAAGCAAAAUCCAGCUGCAAAACUACACUCAAAAGAACAAUCUUGAUCCACCUGUUUUUACAGUUAAAACUAAGAGACCACCUUUUCAAUUUAAGGCCACAGUUGUUAUUGAUGGAAAAUCAUUUGAAAGCUCAACAUUUUUCGACACUGUAAAAGAGGCAGAACAGGCUGCUGCAAAAAUUGCUUUGAUGGAAUUGCCAAUUUCAGUUGACAUCUUUCAGAAGGGUGAAUCUUGUCCAUCCAAGAGUUUACUACUGGAUUUAACACGGAGAGAAGGUUUUUCCAAACCAACAUAUAAAACUACAGAGCUUGGUUCUUCUCAUAUGACAACCUUUUUCUCAACUGUGGAAGUAGAAGGUGUGGAAUUUCAUGGAAAGGCAUCUAAAUCCAAGAAACAGGCAGAACAAGAUGCUGCAAAGAUUGCUUACAUUGCCUUAAAAGAGUGUGGACUUCGAAUGUAUGCUGCUUUUUCUUCCUCAAUCAAAGAAAAUCAAGCAGUACAAUCAAUUCAUGAACCAGACAUCAUUAAAUCAAAGAAAAAUAUCCACCCUGAAGAUGAAGUUUUGGAUGAGGUGAUAAUAUCUAGUGAUGUCAAAGUUAACAAUGGCAUGUCAAGUGAAUCUGAGCCACCUAAGAAAAAAAUGAAUAUGUGCAACAUGAACUAUUUAUCUUCACGCAAAUCAUAUCCACUUUCACAUACUGAUUUUCCCUGUGCAUCAAUUUCUGAGUCUCGGAUCUGCUGUUGCUGCUGCUCCCCUGGACUCUCCAACACAAAGACUCUCAAUACAAUGCUUUGUAACAAGUUAAAGGUUCAUACAAGCUUCCCAAAUAUUGUGUUCCAUGAGGGGAUUACAGUUCUUCCUAUUGAUGACAACAAAUGGGUUGCGGUAAAUUUCUAAAUGAAAAAGACCUUUGAUUCAUGUGACAAGUUUCAUAUAUGACUUUGCUUUCAAGUAUUAGAAACAUUAUGUUAAUUUCUACGUGAUUUGUCUUCUAGUUAUAUGAUCUUUUUUCCUAAAAGCAA